AGAGGGCUGAAAUGGCAGAGUUCAGCCUUUUUUUCUGUGGCUCCAGGUCCCAGUGGAAGCGCACCCUGGUGGCGGUGCUGUAUCUCAAGCUCAGCUAACGCUCUCGGUAACUCAGCCGGAAAGACAGGAGGCAGACGCCGGGGCGUAGUGACGUCACACCCUGUCUCCGCAGCGUGUUUCCGGAAGGAGCGUUGGUUUCUGGGAGAGCGUGAGCGGCGUUGCCGAAAGAUCGUGAAUCGUUUAAUCAAUACUAUGAAACACUUAAGUAAAAACAAGUUGUCUUCGCCUGUUGCGUUUGAAAGAAUUGUAUACAAAAAUCCUUCUGAAUACCAUUACAUGAAAGUUCAACUUGAGUUUCAAGAACAUGGAUUUAGAUUAACUGACGCACAGUUCAAACAGCUGAUUGUUUUGGCCCUAAGGGACUUGUUUGGAGAGGUUGGUGCUGCCUUACCCUUUGAUGUGUUGACGUUUGAAGAGAACACCUUAUCAGCAAUCCUGAGAGUCUGUAGCAGCGGCCUUGUGAAGUUGUGGAGCUCCUUAACCCUGCUGGGGUCCUAUCAGAACAAGAAAUGUGCCUUCAGAGUUACGCAGGUGUCUCCAUUUCUUCUUGCAUUAUCUGGUAAUAGUAGAGAAUUCAUAUUGGAAGAACAGAAACUGAAUUGGAAUUCGCUGAAAAUGGUCUAG